AUGAGAUUAGGAAUUAUGCUACACUUUUUCCAACAGUGAUGCGGUAUCAACGCAAUCCAAUUUUAUUCGACUGGGAUAUUUAGUUCAUUUGGAAAAGGUGAGUUUUUCGCAAGAAUCUUAACGCUUGCAAUUAAGCUUAUAAGUAUGAUAGGAGUGGUUUUUGCAUUAUUAUUUGUUGAUAGACUUGGGAGAAAGCCGCUAUUAUAUUUUGGCAAUAUAGGAAUGGCUGUGUGCUUAUUGCUUAUGGGACUCUUUUCAGAGAUCAUUGAUGGGGGAGUUGUCCCUCCAAUAAUUUUUAUUGCUCUAUUUUUGAUAUUUUAUGAAGCAUCUGCUGGACCAAUUACAUGGGUAUACUGUGGAGAAAUUUUAGAUGCAAAGCCUAUGAGUGCAUGUGUGAGCUCUAAUUGGACUUUCAAUAUUAUGGUCGUAUUUUUAUUUCCUUCUCUAUCAAGUUUAUUAGGGAUAUCAACAGUUUUUUUCAUUUAUUCAGGUGUCUGCUUUUUAGCUGCCAUAUAUUUUAAGAAAGAUUUGACUGAAACAAAAGGAAAGUCAAAAAUUUCAAUACAAGAAAUGAUGAAAAAUGCCUAA